AUGGGAGGGUGUGUGGCAUCUGUGCUGGAUAAGAGAAAUGAGUGGAGUGUCGUUGAUUUUCCAGAAUAUCAGUCUUUUAUGCGGCUAAAGAAACAAGCAGAGCCUGUACCUGGAACGGAAAAAGCUAAUGCAUCUCCGAUCUAUCGUAUGGUUGGUACAUCUGAAGAGGAACAUAAAAAACUUGUUCAUGAUUACUACCAUGGUGAAACACCACCGCAGUGCUUCGCUAGACUAUGUAAGGAGCGGGGAAAUAGGAAAGUUAUGUUGUAUCGUCUCCUAAAAGAAGUGGAGCGUAACACUGUGACAGAUAAAUAUGGAAAUAAAAAAACUCUUGAAACGUAUGUUUUUGAACCCAAACCUCGCAGUAUUACUUACACUGAGCUCUUACAUAGGGUUCAGAGUUUGGCUAAAGGACUCACAGAGAUUGGACUACAAAAAGGAGAAUUUAUUGGAAUAUAUGAGGAUACACGUUGGGAAUGGUAUUGUACCGUUCAAGCCAUUUGGUCAUGUCAAAUGGUAGCCGCAACAGUAUAUGCUAACUUGGGUGAGGAUGCUCUUAUUUAUGCGUUACAAGAAUCUCAAUGCAGAGCUAUUGUAUGUAAUGGAAAAAAUGUCAAAAAACUCAUUUCAUUAAUGAAAAAUUCUGGCGUUUCGAAUACAUUAAUUAUAUAUCUUGAUGAUCUUCCAAAGGAUACAGACACAACAGGUUUUCAGGUCUAUAGCUGGGUUGAUGUGAUGAAAAAGGGUGAGACCAGUAGUAAAGCACUAGUAAAUAUUCCAGGACCUGAAAACUGUGAUGACCUUUCACUUGUCAUGUAUACAAGUGGAACAACGGGAAAUCCAAAGGGUGUUAAACACACACAUGGAACUUUGGGAAGUGGUUUUAAGGCUUUAAGUCACCGUGUACUAGAUCUUUUAGGAGAAGUGACUGAACCAGAGACAUAUUGCGCAUAUUUACCCCUCGCUCAUAUCAUGGAACUUGGAGUGGUGACAGUUCUCUUUAAUCGUGGUUGUGUUAUUGGUUUUGGAAAUCCACGUACACUAACAAACAAUUUUGCGAAACCUCAUGGAGAUUUUGCUGAAUACCGUCCUGUUAUUGUUGUUGCCGUUCCACGUAUUUUUGAUACCAUAAAGAAGGCUGUGGAAGCAAAAUUACCCCCACCUGGUUCAUUUAAACGAACGGUGUUUGAUCAUGCUUAUCAAUCCCGACUUAAGGCCCUUAAGGAAGGGAAAGAUACACCAUAUUAUAAUCAAAAAGUAUUUGCACAACCUCGUCAAGCGAUGGGUGGUAAGGUACGUGUAAUGCUAUCUGGAGGAGGUCCAAUGAGCCCUUCAACACAAGAAUUUAUUAAUGUUAUCUUUGGUAUGAUUAUACAAGGAUGGGGACUGACAGAAACUGUUUGUUGUGGUGGAAUUCAACGAACAGGAAACCUUCAAUAUGAUAAUGUUGGACAGAUACUCAAAUCUGUUGAAGUUCGACUGCUUGACACGGCUGAGUACCGUCACACUGAUAAACCUGAACCACGUGGUGAGAUUUUGUUACGUGGACCUUUUCUUUUUAAGGGAUAUUACAAACAGGAUGAAUUCACAAAAGAGUCUAUUGAUGAGGAUGGUUGGUUCCAUACUGGUGAUGUGGGAAGUUUUACAGAAAAUGGGACCUUGAGUAUUGUGGGUCGUGUUAAGGCUCUUGCGAAGAAUUCUAAUGGUGAAUACAUUGCGUUGGAAGUACUAGAAUCUAUAUAUUCCCAGAAUGAUCUUUGUACACCAAAUGGGGUUUGUGUACUGGUUCAUCCUGGACGAAGUUAUAUUGCCGCUAUUGCAAUUACGACAGGAGAUCUUACAAUGCAGUUUGCAAAGAAGAAUCAUAUUUCUGGUAAAUUUCCUGAUAUUCUUCGGGAUCCAGAGUUUCGUAAAAAGGCAAUUGAGUCAUUCCAGGAAACAGCGCGAAAGGCUGGACGUAAAAGUUUUGAGAUAGUACAGAAUGUGCAGUUGUUGGGGGAUGAGUGGACUCCUGAGAAUGAUGUACUGACAGCGGCUAUGAAAUUAAAACGACGUGUGAUUGACGUUCGAUAUAAGGAUUUGAUAAAUGAACUUUUCAAGGAGGAUUUGUAA